UCUUCUUCCAUCCCACCCCCUACCUAUAAGCUCUCAUACCGCCAUGUUGUCCGCUGUCCUCCCAUCCGAGUCCCUGCUUAGCAAUGGCAACAAUAAUCCCUUGUUCGCCUUUAGCGGCGGGUUUACUCCGUGGGAGAAUCUCGAAUCUUUUUUCACUUCCAAUGAUCAUAAAGAUAAUGAUCAGUCUAAACCAAAAUUAGGUUGUUACCAUGCCGAUUUUGGUUUAGGUUCAGAAAGUCCAAACCUGACCCGUUACCAUGUCAAUUUUGACUUAGGUCUCGAAAGUCAAAACAAAAUGUCACCUUGUUUUGACGAAUCGAAUCUAAGUCGUUACCAUGCCUUUUCAGAAAGUCCAAACCAAAAAUCACCUUGUUUUGACGAAACUAACCUUGAUCGUUACCAUGUUGGUUCCGAUUUAGGUUUGGAUAGUCCAAACCAAAAAUCACCUUGUUUCGGUGAAAUAAGCCCUGAUGAUAACCGAUUAGACAAAAACUCACUCCUUACUCUUUCGAGUUCUAGUUCUGGUUCUGAUGACCCGAGCCCAAAUCGAAAUGGUUCAAGUUCAAAGACGUGUAUUGACGAGCGGAAGCGUAAGCGAAUGAAAUCAAACCGAGAAUCAGCCAAAAGGUCUCGCAUGCGGAAACAAAGACACCUAGAAAAUCUAAGGAACAAUGCAAACGAACUUAAAAUCCAAACUCGGGAGCGCUCCAACCACUUACGGCUUAUAAAUCAGCAAAUCCAAUUUAUAAGCAUAGAAAACGACCGACUCAAAACCGAGUCAAUUAUCCUCCAAAGGAAAUUACUUCAACUUGGCCAAAUUUGGCAAUAUCAACAACUUCAACGACAAUGUUCAAACCAUCAUCCAUCACUACAAUCAGCAUCCUCAAUUGCGGCCAUGCAAAUAAUAAAUUGACUUUAUAAUUAAUCAAAGUAAUCACUAUUAUUUCAUGUUCGAUCUACAAUUAGUUAAAAGAAUUCAAAGGCUAAGCAAAUCAUCAAUAUCUAUAGAUGAAUUAAUAAAUAUAUAGACAUUUGAUGAUCAUGCUAAUAAAUAAAGUGGAACAAGUGUGAUUAAUUAUAUGAGGCAACUAAUAGAUUUAUGCUCUAUCUAUUCUCUCUCUUUAUAUAUGUAGAAUUUAAGAGAUUAGAGUAGUUUUUUUUUUUUUUUUUUUUUUUGUUUACUCCAUUGAUGGGAUAUUUUUUCCAAUUUCCUGUUAAGAUAUGGAGAAUUCUCUUUUGUAAAGAAGUAAAGUUGGUGAGUGGUGUUUGGUUUAUGAUUAGCAAAAAAACUUUUGGACUUGCGUGUUAUUUUUUUUUUCUUUGGUUACUUUCCUUAGCUUUAUAGAUUUACCAAUCCACUUGCUAUAUGUUAUUCUCAAGUUAAGAUUAACUCAAAUAAAAUGUGGGUUAUUACUUAAUAUAAGUAAUAUUGAUA